ACAAAGAAAGAUAUAUAACGUACUUGCACAGCUAUUGUUUUACUCAUUAAACCUUUUGUUUGGUGCAGUUUUCUUGUUGCCGUUGCCGUAGUGGUUUGCUAAGCUCUCAUGACAUGUCAUUUGUUACCUGUUGACAUCUUUCAGGGUGAGUGCGUAGGUCAUAUAUAAAAAUAUCUUUUCCAAACUUUGUUCCAUCGCUAAAUUUUUUUAACCACGCUCUGUUUUUGUAGUGGUGAGCAAGUUAAGAUUACAAGCGAUCUGUUAAUAACUUGGGAAACGUAAAACAUCUUUUGAAGUGAUCAGAUCAACCCAAUUACCAAGUAUUAUCAAAUUAAUUGAAAUAUGAGCAAUGUUCUCUCUUCAUAGUUAGUUAUUUCUGGCAUUUAUAACAGACACUAGGCGAGGUCCAAAAGUUCAUUCGAAAGCCAAUCGUUUCUCGCUUGCAUUGUUUAGAUUAAUUAAUGGUUUACUGAAUUAGGACAUUGCUUGCUUGUAUCUUGUUCUUAUCACCUAUUUAUACACUGUUCUAAGGUCAAGAUUUGUCUUAUUUCCCUUGAGAUUAACACCAGUCUCUUUUGAUUUUUCACGCGCGUUUCGAGCAUGAGGUUUACAACCAAGGUGUCUUCGCAAGAAACUGGAGUCUCUAAGUCUGGCUCGUCCGAUGAGAAGUUUAUAUUCACGGUUAAGAAGUCGGAGGUGACAAAUGGCGCGAGUGCUGCUCGCUACGAGAGCGAAGGCGCUAGCGGAGGGACACGAACGCUUCAAAAAUCAAGCACGCUCAACGUAAAUCGCGAACAAAUCGAAGAUUUCGCAAGCGUCCGCGACAGAAUCUUUCCUGUCAUCAAGGCACGUUCUUGGGUCGACGCCACGAAGGAUCUGCUCACGAAAAUUGACCCUAAAAGCAAAGCGGGUGUCUUAUUCACGCCUCUAAAGAGCAUUCCUGGAGCUGGCAUCGGGUACACGCUAGCAAUCAUGGGCGACCACAGCCAUUCCCUCAACUACAUUCUGACAAGUCAUUUGGACGUUUGGAGUACAUCUGAGAGCUCUCUGCAAGAGGUCGCCAUCAAAAAUUUGGAGAAGAAGUUGGACGGUUUAGGAGAAAAUCUUUGGUCGCAGAGCAGGACUGGCAUUCACUACAUCGACAGUCUGGGCUCGCUGUCAGCAUCUGUUGUCUUACUGCCGCGUUUUAUCGCACGCUUAGACGUAGAAAGCGGAGACGCCGUGGUCGUCGUCCCCUCCAGUGAUCUCUGCAUGGUGGUAGGUUCUAAAAUGGAAACACGACUUUGCAUUGUCGGCGAGAUGUCUCUGCGUUACUCGUCCGAUCCGCACCACUUGAACACAAACCUUCGGCUCAACAAGUCGAGAAUGGUGAUCUCAAAGUACUCGCCGAAAUCUUUUGCUGGUGAAUUUCCCGUUCCUUCGACGCUGGAAGAAGUAGCGGGACUGAAACUGAGGGUACAACCCAUUAAAAGGAAGAAAUAACUCGUCAUUUCUCUACACCGAACUUCAAAAUUGUCAUAGAUUUUAGUAUAUUUUAUGAUGAACAUUUUUGAAAGAACAAAGGCCAAACAAAGAGCAUUGUUGAAGUUUGGUGCUCCUAUUGUCACGUAUUCUGUUAUAAACGUUUUUAGUUUUCAAAGAAAAUACGCACAAGUUAAGUUAUUAGUUGACAAAAUCAAAAAUACGCGUUUUCUAUAUAGCACUAGUUCAAAACUUUUAUUGGAAAAUAACCCUUUAGGGUCCCUUUAGCAAACAGUACUUCAAGCGUGACAAAGUAAAGAUCUCAAAUUUUUAAAUUAAUAUACCUUGAUCAUGUUGAUCGGUUUGUAAAUAGUUGCGGCAACAUGCUGGGUCAAAAGAGGUUUACAAAGAAUAAAUAUUGCCCCACGGAUCGACUCUGUCUUUUAAGUUCGUUUGAUCUUCCGUCUGAGGGCAAAAUAUAGAACACUACAGAUGGUUACUUUAAGUAUUGUGAGGAAACCCAAUAAAAUUAUUAAUCCGAACGUACGAGUUCUUGAAUAUUAAAAGAAAAUUACUGUGUGGGGUGCUACGCCGGGGGGAGGAAGGGGGGGUACUUGGGUUUGAUUUGGGUGGGUAUGUGCCGCCCGGGUUUCUAAAUUUAGAACCCUUUUGCAUUUGCAUUCAAAAUGAUGUCCCGUUGUAGAAAAAGGUCAAUUUUUAAGACCCCGUUCUCUAGAUUUAGUAAAUUUCAAUAGCCCGUUCGUUGUUUUGAAAGUUAUUUAUUUUUGGUUGACCUAUAUAUCUAGAUACGACGAUGCUGCCUCUGCACAAAUCAGCAACCUGAUUGCUUCAAUUUCAAACGGAAGAUAAAGCCGUGAUUAGCAAUUUCUUUAUUUACAAUCUUAUUAAAUUGUCUUGGAAACUUUUACUGAAACGUAAAAUUCUCUAUGAAUAAUUUCAAAUGGCUGCUGAUAAUUUGACGAGCUUUCGUACGUUCGAAAUAUUUUACCCCGUUCUAGGAAACGUCUCCAUUCUAGAUCAGGAGUCCCAAAAUCACGACCCCGUUGGGCGGCACCUACCCGUAUAGGUAUUGUGGGAGUAUCCUCCCCCGGGUCCGGGGUGCUACUGUAGUCUCAACAAGCGAGUGAAGGAUGAAAUCAAUGCAGUUUUCACAUCUUUCGAGAUAACGGGCAGCGUGAGCCCAGUCGCCUAUUGUUUCAACUCGAUUAAAAUUCCUCCCUCGUUAUAGAAUCAAAAAGUCUGGAAGGGCGUCGAGAAUCUAAAUAGACACAGGAGAACUCUGUUCUUGGUAACUAUCAGAUUUGCAAUACAGAAUAGGUUAUUAAUCAAACGUGUAGUCCAGAGGGCUGGAUAUUUGUAGUCUCUUUUUAUUGGUGUGUUUUAGUACGGAGACGCAGUCGACGUUCAUUAACAUUUUCCGGCAUAAAAGAACGGGUAAUCCCGAGGGGGCAAGAUAGCGCCAUCUUGCCCGCUUGGAUGGGCGCCAGUCACAGUUUGGUUCACCUUGCCUGGUCGCGGGC